GCUCAGGUUAGUUCAACCCGUUAGCAAAUAGUAUCAUUCCAGUUCGGACUCUACUAGAGUCAGCAACUUUUCAAAAUUUCGGCAAUUGAAACAGACCUAAAAUUGCGUGUAAAUAGUUUCGAAAUGUGUUUUAAACUUUAAGUUGAACGACAAUUGAUGUGUUCAAGAUGUGAAUGGGUGUGUAAACACAAUGCACUGAAAAAAAUGCUGACAGUUUUCUAUAUAGCAACUGAUGUGCCUACUGUACUUACUUCCAUUGCCAAUAAUCGUAUUACAUAAUCACAACCAAGUCACAAGAAUUCAAAAUGAAAGAGAUUGAGAAUAUUAAGAAAGAUGCAAAUCAGAAGGAGAACAAACGUUUCGAAAUAAUGAAUUGGAAUGCCAAUGCUCUGUGGGCUUGGGAUAUUCAGGUUGAUACUUGCGCCAUUUGUCGCAAUCUGAUCAAGGAUCCAUGCAUUGAAUGCCAAUCGAAUAGAACCGAUGAAUGCCCCAAGGCCAUUGGGACUUGCCAGCAUGUUUAUCACUUCCAUUGCAUUUCGCGCUGGCUGACCAAGCGUGAAGUCUGCCCUCUGGAUUAUCGUGUCUGGCAAUACAAGAACUGAUCCAAAUUUAGAAUAGCCAAGUGAGA